UUUCACUCCAUCACACAACAUGCCGUCUCUCGAGAUUAAGACGAACGUUAAGCUCGACGAUCCGAAGAAAUUCGUCGAGGAGUUCUCCACCUUCGCGGCGGAGCUCCUGAGUAAGCCGCUGAAGUACAUCGCCGUGAGCUUUACGCACAAUGAGUACAUGGCGUGGAACGGGACGUUCGACCCGUGCUUCCUCCUGACCAUCGUGAGCUUGGACAACAUCACAGCAGACACAAACGAGCAGUACAGCAAGGCGCUGUUCCAGUUUGCCGAGGAGAAGCUCAAGGUCCCUGAUAACCGCGGAUAUAUCACGUUCAUCGAUCCUGGCCGCGCGAACCUGGGGCACCAGAAGACGACGUUCCACACCAUCUUUGGCAAGAAGUAACGCUCUGGGACGUCUUGUGCAAGGAAAGGAAAUCACGGAAGACAGCAUGUACUACUACUUGCCAACGAAGAAAAAUGACUCUAGC